AUGUUCGACAGCGUUAAAACUCAUUGGCAAAUCGGCUUCCUCAAGAAACAAAUUCAACGAUGCUGCACGUCAGUUACUCAAACCUUUAAGGAUUAUGAAAUUGCUGUCAAGAACCCAGAAUUCACGCACUUGGACGACAACCAGCUGGAAUCCUUUCGCUUCGAGGUCCACAGUAUAAAGUCUAAUCUACUCAAGGCCUACAAUCGAGUCACUUUUCUCCACGACGAAUGGGCAAAACAGCAAGAAUCCGAUGCCGACGAAGCCCAGUCAUUUCAUGACUAUAUCACAAAGUAUGGAGACUACCGCACUGCAAUAUCGGAAGCGGUUACUCACCUAGAAGAACUCGAUCUUCCUCUCGACGACCGACGAUAA